AAAAAGGCCUAACAGCAAUACAGUGGGAUUGGAGAUUAGAAAUUGUGGCUCUGGCUGAUAGAAUCAGCUUUAGGGAUAAAGACGCAGACCCACUUCAGAUCACUCACCAAACACGUUCAGGACCUCCAGCUCCAGAGCCAAGAAGGGAAAAGCAACUGUUUACAAAACAUCUUUCGCAGAAUCACUCAGGCGGCAGAAACGAUGUACGAGUACUUGAGUAACAAUUGCACAUGCACAUAUGUCUUGGGUGCGUUUGUGCUGCUAUGGGUUCUGGUGUGGUUCUACCGGGACAACUUGGAGAUCACCAAGGUCUCGGAGAAACACGUUUUUGUGACCGGUUGCGACUCUGGGUUCGGAUACCUACUGUGCAAGCGCCUGGACAAACGUGGUUUUCGCGUCCUAGCCGGGUGUUUCACGGAAAAGGGUGCAGAAGAUCUGAAGAGCGCGACAGGACCUUACCUGAAGACCUGCAUCUUGGACGUGACCAGCGCGGCCAGCAUUCAGAAGGCUUUGGAAUGGACCAAAAAAGAAGUUGGAGAUAAAGGACUUUGGGGUCUGGUGAACAACGCAGGACGCUCCCUUCCCAUGGGUCCGUCAGAGUGGAUGAAAAUCGAAGACUUCCAAAGCACGCUUAAAGUCAACAUGACUGGCAUGAUCGAGAUGACCAUGGACUUCUUGCCUCUGGUCAAAAAGGCCCGUGGACGACUGGUGAAUGUGGCGUCAGUGUUGGGAAGAGUGGCAGCUAACGGCGGAGGAUACUGCAUCUCAAAGUUCGCAGUGGAGAGCUUCUCUGAUUGUCUCAGGAGGGAUAUCCAAAAUUUUGGGGUCAAUGUGUGCAUCAUUGAACCUGGUUUCUUCAAGACUCAGGUGACCAGCUUAGAGCCCAUCGAGAGGGAACUUCAUCGCCUCUGGAACCAACUGACCCCUGAAGUGAAGGAGAGCUAUGGAGACAAAUACUUGGAUAAAUACAUCAAUAUCCAGAGGCUGAUCAUGAACACCAUAUGCGACUCUGACCUCAGUAAAGUGACCAACUGCAUGGAACAUGCCCUGAUGGCCGUCCACCCAAGAACACGCUACAGCGCAGGCUGGGACGCCAAGCUCUUGUGGAUUCCCUUGUCUUACAUGCCUGCUUGUGUUGUAGAUAUCGCGCUGAAGCUGGUGUUGCCAAAGCCUGCAAAAAGUGUCUAGAUUUGGUAGUAAUCUUGGGCCACAUAUGUUUAACUCUUAUAUUUCAUUUCCCUCUUAUGAUACACUAUAGACACUCUAUUUUUGGGUCUUACUAAUGGCGCUUUUCCACUGCCUGUUAUGGCAUGGUAUGGUUCACUUUUGGGGGGUUUUCUACUGGAUACAGCACCUGGUAAGUUUUUUAGUACCACCUCGGUUGGGGUUCCAAGUAAACGUACCGUUACCAAACAUGAUUCUUAAACUGAUCACUGAUUGGCUGGAGAGAAUCGUCACUACCUGCGUCACAGAGACACAACAGAACCACUGCCAGCGAAAGAGAUCGAACGUAACUGUUUUGAACGAGUGAACCUUUUUUUUAACAACCCCAAAAAUGGUUGUUUCGUUGUCAGUUGAGGACGUUCAGAUGUUCUUCUCAUUGAUAGCAGAGGAGCGGAGAUGGGAGAGUGAGAGCUAGAUGGGACAACACGUAAUGACUAAUUUUUUCAACAAAUAAUAAUAAUGCUGACAAAUAAUGCUACCGAUCAGAUUAGUAUUUAUGGUACUGUAAGGGGUAGGUGUACAAGUUAAUAUUUUAUUAAUACCUUAUUA